AGAGCGGCGGUGCCGGGGAGGGACGGGGCGGCGGGGCGGCACGUGCCACGCGGGACAAGAAGGGACGGGACGGCGGCUGAGGGCCGUAUUUGUGUGUGGAGGAAAAAAGACUAUACCCACUUCAUAGAGGCUGCUGGCCACUCAGCAACAUGGUAGUUUUCACGUGCAACGCCUGUGGAGAAUCUGUGAAGAAAGCACAAGUUGAAAAACAUGUGAACAUCUGCAGAAACUGUCAGUGCCUUUCUUGCAUGGAUUGUGGCAAGGAUUUCUGGGGUGACGAUUAUAAGGAACACGUAAAAUGUGUAAGCGAAGACCAGAAAUAUGGUGGAAAAGAUUUUGAAGCCAAAACUAACAAAGGAGAUGCUAAGCAACAGGAGUGGAUUCAGAAAAUUCAUGAAAUAAUGAAGAAGCCAAACAUAAGCCCUAAAGUGCGGAGCAUUCUGGAGCAAAUGCGUGCUUUUGAUAAUAUUCCAAGAAAGAAAGUGAAGUUUCAGAAUUGGAUGAAGAACAGUUUGAAAAUUAAUGACAGCACUUUGCAAGACCAGGUGUGGGAUAUUUUCUCUGAAGCAACCAGAAAGAUGCCAAAUGAAAACGAACAAGACAAACCACAACAGAAGGAAGAGAAGCAGUCUGCAGAAAGUGGAGAAAAAACAGUGGCAGAAGAAAAUGGAAUUACAGAUGAUAAAACCGAGAAGAAAAAGAAUAAGAGAGAAAGAAAAGAAGAGAGACAAAAGAACACAAAGAAGGAGAAAAAAGACUUGAAAUUAGAAACCCAGCCAGAAGUGAAAAAGAGUAAAAAGUCCAAAAAAGGAAAGGAGAGCUUGGAGAAUGAAUUUGAAAUAGAUGAAAAUGGCCAUCAGAGUGGAACUGAAGAGGAAACAAAUGUAAAGAAACGCAAACAUAAACACGCAGAAGAGGAACCUCACAUCAGAACAAAGAGAAUGAAAACUGAAAGCAUUUCAGAAGACAUCGAAACAGAACACACUGAUGGCAAUGAAGAAAAUGUGGAAACAGACAAAGGUAAAUUCAACUGGAAGGGAACCAUCAAAGCUGUUCUGAAACAGGCUCCAGACAAUGAAAUCUCAAUUAAGAAACUAAGAAAAAAGGUUAUAGCUCAGUAUUACGCGGUAGCUGGUGAACAUCACAAAUCAGAAGAGGAUAUUCUAGUCACAUUUAAUAAGAAAGUGAAUAACAAUCCCAAAUUUAAAGUUUUAAAGGACAAAGUUAAACUCCUGAAAUAAGGUUUGCAUACUUUGUUUUUUUAAUUCAUGUGGACUGAGUCAAAUUCUUCUGUCAGCUCACAAAUAUUAUGUGUUGGUCUCAAUUUAAAUUGCAGAUGUGAGAGCAGAAUUUAACUUUUAAGACUGAAUUCCUCUUUUUCUAUUUUUAUCACAGAACAUUUUCAGAUAUUUUAUUUUUCAAUUUUAUGGAAAAUAUCUAUUUUUUGAUACAAGUUUAAGAGGCAUUGAAAAGAAUUGCUGCCUACUGUAUUGAAAUUGUGAAAUGGGUAUAAUUUAUAGAAGUGAAUGUUUAUUGGACUUGGGUUGUGUGACUUUUUUCAGAAACUAUUGUAAAAGCAAAUAGGAUUUUCAUAACAACACACUAUGGAAUAAAUGUUUUGUUACGCUAAAAUUCAAAGUGGUAUGACUGAUAGUCCCUUUAUGUACUGUAGCUAGUAUAUGCAGGCUUUAAUAACCUGUUAAUUCUGUGUUGUAAAAUGCAUAUUAAAGUAUUUGUUGAGUUUGUCUGUAA